GUAUCUCGUUGCUUCAGCUUGUUGAAUUUCAUUUUUUAAAGAAACUUUUGUUUGGUAGAACUAAAUUAAAAUUAACAACAUAUUUCAUAGAAAAAUGAUAUGAUAAGUGUUUAAAAAAAUCAAUUAAAAUUCCCAUAGUGCCUUUCACAAUGAAAAAUUUAAUAUUUAUGUGCCUUUUUGGCGUUUUAAGCCAAGUUAAUUGUUUAAUUGAUGGCAAGCGAUGUUCGAUGCCCCAGAUCCUGCGAGGUUCUUGGUUCUCGUGGGAAGAAGGUCUUCCCACUCAAACAGUAAUCGAUGCAAAUUCAAUGUCUAAUCGGGGCUAUUGUAUUGACUUCGAUCACCGUGGGGCCGAUUACUCAUUCGUGUUUAAAGGAAAGGCCAAUUGCUACCAUUGUGUUAAGACGUUUCCGAGAACGUUAAAUGUUUUCGAGAAGUACGAAGGUCCUUGUGUAUCGCUACCAGAUGGUGUAGAUGCAUCUGUGGAGAAUGUUUGCAAGGGCGUCAAGGGAGACUCACAAUUGAUUACACUUUUCAAUGAGAAUUUUAUUCCAAUUAAUUGUCGGUCUUCGCUGGAAGGUGUAUGGCAUUUCACUUAUCAGAAUCGUUUCCGUUUUACCGGUGUAUGCAACAAACCCGAUGCUAGAAUUCAGUCAUGUCAAACGGCCGGUACUCAAUUCUUGAUAACAAAUCAAAAAUUCAACAUAUCUUAUCAGAAAUGCGAAGGCAUGGAUGGUACAUUCACCGGUUCGGUUGAAUACAGUUGCCUGGGAGAUUGGUUCGUUGGAAAAAAUCAUUACUUCGCCGUCGCAAAUACGAAAGAAUCUCGUAAAGAUGAAAAAUAUCGUUGCUUCUUAAAGAAUCGAGACGAUGAUUUGUACAUUGGUGUCUCUAUCACUGCUCAGUGCAAUACCCUGAAAACUCCCGAAAGCUCACCGGAACGUUUAAAACUUACACCAGUCAAGGCCGAAGUUGUCGAACCGGGAUGUACGCUGCCGCAGAACUUCACCGGAGAAUGGGUGAAUACGGCGAAUAUUGAUGCCGAUGUGCAAAUUAGUGAGACACAUAUCAACGAAACAUAUUACCCCGACAAGUCUCGGUAUCGUCGAACGAUUUAUGUGUGUCGCGAACGAAGAGGCACCCGGAUUAUGAUGGCUCGUCUCACUGUCGACGGUUGUCAAAAGGAUUACGUUUGCUUUGACUUUAUGCCACGGCAUCAUAACAUCAUUCGCUAUCGCAAAGGAUUGGCGGUUAUUAAAGACGAUUUUAGUACAGUGUGCUCCUGGGUGCAGUUCCCCAACAAAGAAGCAUGGAAGUAUAAUUUCUUUUUGGCAAAGAAUCCAGUUCCAGUGAGAUGUCCAGUAGCUGGCAAAUUUAAUUUCACUCAACGCGGCGAGCAUAAAUUUAAAACGAGAAUCCUUGGUGGUGUGACUCUGAGUCCAAGGCCAGAUAUUCAUUGCAAACAGAACAUUUCAGAUCUUUCAGUUUGCGACACCGAUCAGAAAGAAAUGGCUAUAGAUGAAAAUUACUGCCUCUCGGUUGAUCACUUAGGACGUCCUGUUGAUAUUUACAGUGAUCCCGAUUAUAGGAUGAAGUGUAUUGGCUUCUGGAAGGAGAAUCUCAAAUCUUAUCUCAUUACUCAUGAUGCCUUGGAUCCACUUUCAAAAUAUCGUUGCUGGGUCUACCAGAGGGCUGAUCUGAAUCGUGUCCUUAUGUCACAAGCUGUCGGAGCUUUUUGUAAUCUCAAACAAGACGUGACUUCUUGGAACUACACCGAAGGAGCUGCUGUUGCAAUUGACAUGACCGAAUACGAACGUGAAAGAGAUCAAUGCCCGAUGCAUUUUGACGAUGGAUCAAAUCCUUGGCUUGAAUCCGAGAGUUUUAUCAAAAUUUUCGACUGGGACUUUUAUAAAGCUGGAGCAGAUCAAUUAGAGAAAAAUAUGUGUGCAUGCAUAUUGAUGUCUUUUGCGAUAGUUAUUUUCGGAAGACGAUUGAUAGAUGCGUUAGUUUAAUAAGAAUUUAACGAAAGUAGGUGUUUUAUCAUUUCGAAAUAGGAAGAUAAAUAGAAAAUAUUUCCGUCCAUAUUUUAAAACUUAAGAAAAAGUUGUACAAUUAUAAUUUUUAAGAUGAAAAAAUUAAUUUUUAAAGAAACUUUUAUAUUGAAACAAAGCAAUUGAAAAGUGUUGAUGUCUCUGUCAAUGAAAUUGAUAUUUGUUAAUUUGGUAAAUACACAACAAUAUUAAUUUGUUUAAUUUUAUAUAAAUCAAAGCUUUUUAACAGAAAGUAAAUAGUAAAUAUUUCCGUCCACAUUUAUUUAAAUUUAAGAAGUUAUAUUUUUAAGACAAAACUACAAUUGAAAAGUCAAAUUCAUGUUAUCUCAUUUUUAUUUUUUAUAAUAAAGAACACAUCAGAAUUCAAA